AGUUUUUGUGUGUAUGCAAAGAAUAAGUAAGAGCUUUGUUCUCAUUCAUUGAUAUAAGAAAAAGGUAGAAAUAAUAAUAUGUUAGUAUCUAUGAAUGAGAACAAAGUUAGCCUUCAAAUACUAACAAAUCUCAAUAAAAGACUUCAUCUCCAUGUGUAAUAUGAAAGUGUCAACGACAAGUCUACACAAAAAGGCUAAGAGGUCAACAAGACCACACAACACUUCUUACUAUUAGUUUGCAAAGGCUGUUCGUUGGACACUUCUCUCUAUCUCUCUCCUCCUCUCUUCUUCUUCUUCUUCUUCUCCCUAUAAACUCUCAUCUUUCACAUUGUUCUUUUCUUGCAUUCUUCAAUUAAACCUCAAACUUCAUUUAUCUUACUUUUUGUAUCACUCCAAUAUUUAUGGAUAAUACCGACCGUCGUCGCCGUCGUAAGAAAAACAAAGUCACUCUCCAUGACUCUGAAGAAGUGAGCAGUAUCGAAUGGGAGUUUAUCAAUAUGACUGAACAAGAAGAAGAUCUCAUCUGUCGAAUGUAUAGACUUGUCGGUGAUAGGUGGGAUUUAAUAGCAGGAAGAGUGCCAGGAAGACAACCAGAGGAGAUAGAGAGAUAUUGGAUAAUGAGAAACAGUGAUGGCUUUGCUGAGAAACGACGCCAACUUCACCACUCCUCUUCUCACAAAAAUACGAAACCUCACCGUCCACGUUUUUCUAUUUAUCCUUCCUAAUUAGUUUUUAAUUUCAUUACAAUUUUAUUCUGUUUUAUGCUCACCAACGAAAAAAAAAAAUGAACAAGAAAAAAAAGUGGUGUAUAGUAAUAGUAGUAGUCCUUGUUAGCUAGAAGAACUUCUCAUCCAUUAUUUUCUUUUUGUUUUGAUUUUCAUUUUUUAUGAUGUAGGUUUCAUUUGAGAAAAAUAUUUUAAAUCAAGUGAUUAAAAGCGCGACCAUAGCCACUAGAGUUCGACUCCACCUUCCCCCAAAAGGUUUAGAAAAUAAUCUUAGUUACCUAUGUUUAAAAGCGCGACCAUAGCCACGUGAGUUGUAGACAUCAAAAAGCAAGAUUGUA